CUCAGCAUCAGGGCAAAGUUAGGGAGAAAAAGCAUAGCAACGUCUCUUUCAGCUUUGGAUCUCUUGAAUUUUGAACAAGAUGCUGGCCCGGAGAUUUGUGGCCACUCAUUUGAUCCUGGCCAUUUUCCUGAUGCAAUGGAGCAAUGGCAAAGGGCCUGGGGUCAAGGCAGCACCAGAGCAGGCCCUUAACUCCAUAGCUGAGACUGCACAAUCCCACAUUGAAAACACUGAAGAGAAAUCUGCCACUGAGCUGACCCAGAAACUCCUAUUCCUUGAUGAGCUGGUAUCCCUGGAAAAUGAUGUGAUUGAGACCAAGAAGAAAAGGAGCUUCCCUGUGUUUGGGGCUCCCCUGGACCGACUCUCAGCUGGCUCCUUCAACAUCAAAGGCAAACAGAGAAAAACGGUGGAGCUUCCAAAGAGGCGAUUUGGAGUCCCCAUUGAUCGUAUUGGGAGCAACCGUCUUGCAAACACCAGGGGCUAGUAGAAUCCAUGGAUGUUGCUUCCCAGGAUGACAUGUGACAGACACCCCAACAGAGAAGACUUUUGUCUCGUCCUAAUGAAUAACCCCCCAGCAACCUCAAGCCCUCCCCAUUCCCUGCAUCAGAUCAGAACCCUGUCACUUGCCCUGAACAUGUCUCAUUUCAGUGCAUGGCACUUUUCAUUUUAAACAUUAAAGACAAAUUUUCCAAGCUC